AUAUAUAUAUAUUAAGAUGGAAGCAAACCGGAAGCGUAGAGGGUUCCUCAAGGGGAAGCUGAUGUCAUUCAAUAGAGCAGCACCCAAGCCUUCCUCGACUGUGCAAUACACCAGCAAGGUAAAGCCGAGCCAGUCUUCUCCUUCAACUGCCUCAGUAGGAUUCCUGUUCCAGCCCAAACAGAAGGUGUCUUUUAUAGUGCCGGCCGCCGAUAGCAGCCAAUAUGAAAACCUCUAUGGCGUGGCUGCUGACGACGCCAUCGAUAUGAAGGCUGGAAUUUUUAUUUCUUCUGUCCAAGAACGUUUCAAGCUUGAACGAGUCAACUCGGAGCGAGUCAACCAGUGUCAGGAUGUGCAGUAGAGGCCACUUAGCUAGUACUAUAAUAAAUUAAGCCUAAUUAAUGAUUAGAAAACUAAGGUGUGCUGUAUUUUUGUUCUAUGUACUCCAUACAUACUUGGUAGUACACUACUUCAUGUAAUUGUUCAGGAAAUUACAACUUUAAUUGUGAUUUGUCUAUUUGGCCGUGUAGUUUUAUG